AAGUUCAAGGAGCUCAACAUCGGCUUCAUAAUACUGGCUGGUAUAAGGAUGUUAAAAAACUCGAGGAUAUUGUUAAUCGUGAUCGGAAAAAAAGAUGCAUGUGUCAAGAUAACGGAAUCUUCUUACUUGAGGUAUGGUAUGAUGAAAAACCAGAAAUUGUUAUUCCGGAGAGGAUACAAAAAAUUAAGGGUUUUGUUAAUCAAGCGUUUAAAAUUUUCGACCUAUAA